AGAAAUUAGAGAAGGAAAAGAAGACGAAGAACAAUUUCUGAUCAGACAGACCUAUACGGCCUUGCUUUACAUUCUCUCCCCUAUAACCUAGCCAAUCUCUUCUGUGUCUUUUCGCAUGGAGUGGACCCAUCUCUUCUCCCUCUUUCCAUUCCAAACCUUCUACUAUUAUUUCUUUAAUCGACUAUUAAUGUAAUUAAUUUUUUAAUAAAAAGGAAUGAAAAUAUAUAAAAUUAUUUGAUUCCCGACCAUGAACCUAGAGACAUCUCUGUUAUCCUCUUUCUCUCUCUCGUUUCAUGAUACUAUUUAGGAUAAUCUGUCAUUUCUCAUGCUCUUUGGACAGAAAGAUAUAAGGAGGAGGUAACCUCCUCAAUUCCCGAUUGAAUGAAUACACAACUCAGAGAAAAGAAGAAGAGACGCCCUCUCUCUCACCAAACAUGCUGUUUAAAGAUUCUUUAAAAUUCAUCAACCUACUUGCUUAGUGCGGGUAGUUUUCAAAGCGCCCUAAUCUUUCUUUCUACCUCUCGAGUAUCUCUUUCCCUUUUUCUUAUCUAAUAUGAACAAAAGGAAUGGAUGAUUAUUAUGGAAUUACAAGAUUCAGAAGAGUAGCCACCCCAACUUUUACCAUCUAGCUCCCAUUUUCCAACUCCCCCCUCCACCCACUUUUUCCAAAACAUGGUUUCUCUUUCCCUCCUCUCAUCCUUUGUACUAUUAUUUUCUUUCUUCUCCCAUUCCUCUCUGGCCACUUUUCUAUCUCAACCGGUUUCCGGUCAACAUCAGCCUUUAAAACCUGGAGACUACUCAUCCACGGACACGGUUCCCGCAAUUCCAGCUCAAAUCCAAGCUCAAGUUUGCCGUCUCGACCUGUCCGCCGAACUAUUUGGCGGCGUCAACGACGCUUGUGGCAACAACCUGGACCGAAGCCGCUGCUGUCCCGUGUUAGCAGCUUGGCUCUUUGCAGCUCAUGCCAGGUAUGCUUUGGAAGUGUCGGCUCCCGCUCCUGCGGGAUCGGAGCAGCCCAUGAGGCCGGAUGAUUCUCAAAAGUGUGUGAACUCGUUGCAGAACGCAUUGCUAAGCAAGCGCGUGCAGAUUCCUCAGCCAAACGCCAGUUGCGAUCCAAUUCUAUGUUUUUGUGGGAUACGGCUACAUCAGAUUAGUUCCUUGAGUUGUCCCGCUGCGUUUAAUGGUCCCGCUGCGUUUAAUGUUUCCGGUUUCCGGAACGCCACACCGACAGCUGCAGUGAAGAACUUGGAGAGGAGUUGCACCAACUCUUCUUAUGCUGGGUGUACCAAAUGCCUCGGUGCUCUUCAAAGGCUCAAAGGCGGACACAGCAAGAACGGAACACAAGACAGGAGCACGAGCGAGAGAGCCAGCAAGAUGUUCAACCGAGACUGCCAGCUAAUGGGACUCACUUGGCUCCUUGCACGCAACAAAACGGCUUACAUACCCACCGUUUCGGCCGUACUGCGGGCCAUAAUGUACAGUGCGCACCCUCAUGAGUCGAGGUGCAGCCCAGAUCAAGAGAACAUGCCCUUAGCUGUUGAUUCCCUGCAGUUGGAGAAAGCUCAAUCGUCUGCAUCGCCACCACCAUCGUGGCAAUCUUUUACAUUCCCGACUUUACCCCUUAUCAUAUUGGUUUCACUAUUUGGGUAGAGCGUCGGAGAGUGGUGAUGGAGUGGCACAUUGCUUUUUGGGUAGUCCUUUGAGACUGAUGGGGGUUCACGUGAACCUUUUAGACCUAUCAGACAAUUAAAGAUGGGGUUACGCAGGGGUCUUUCUUCUUUUUUGUGUAUGGCCUUUUCGCCCUCUGUAAAUUUCAACUGGCCUUUUUAAAUACUAUUUGUUUAUGUAGCAGACGAGAACUGAAGCCGAUUUAUAUAAUAUAAA